AGGAUGUAUUUGAAGCAUUCUAUGAGAAGGAUCUUGCAAAAAGGCUACUGUUGAAGACCGAGUGUGGAAGCCAAUUUACCAACAAAAUUGAAUCAUUCAAGAGGGUUGCUAUGGCUGUUGCCCCAUCACGACUUGGCACCUUUAUGGGGCCAAGACCCUUACCUGGUUCACUUGAGGCUCUUACUUUGGCACCAUGGAUUUGCAGGAGCUAUGGGACCCAUACUGGUGAUGAUGGCUCAUUGUCAGACCUGCCCAAUAAACCUCCCUAUAGAUGUAUCAAGUGCUGGUUAGAUGACAGGAAAAGGAGAGGAAAAUUCCGCAGACAAAAUUACACGGAAAGAAAAAAAAGUCGAAGACCACUAUGAGGAGAUGAAAGGGGAAGAUAAAGCAUUCCGCUGCCUCACCCAUUAUCCCAAAAAAAUUUGUAAACAUUGUGGUAAUGGGUUUCAAACCCCUGGUAAUCUUGGGGAUCAUCUUCAUGUUUGCCCG